AUGAGCGACAUAUCCCUAGUUGGAGAAAGUCAGUGUCGGGUGAGCUCGGUGCUGGGCAGGAACACCCGAGAGUUGGGCAAGCAGCACCUCUUUGAUGGCUCCGCUGAGACCUGCUGGAACAGUGACCAGGGUGUGCCGCAGUGGGUGGCCCUCAGGUGGCCCAGCCCAGUGCAGGUCACAACUAUCAUUGCUCAGUUCCAGGGAGGCUUCUGUGGUGCAGCCAACACAGUAGUGGAGGUAUCACAGGGAGAAGGCAGCAGUGAGUGGCACACGGCACAUUCCUGGCCCCUGGAAGACAUUGGCACACCUCAGACUCUCCACCUGCCUGAGCCGCUCACCACCACAUCUCUCCGCCUCACCUUCCCCUCGUCCACAGACUUUUUUGGCAGAAUAAUUAUGUAUAAACUAGAUGUUCUUGGAAAGAAACUAUGA